CCAACAUGGAAAAAAGAAGAAGAAUAUUUAAGGUUAUGUACGUCAUCCGGUAUUAAAAAUAAAAAGUAUUUUGUAUUUUGGUGAUCUAUUUAUUUAUUUCAAAAAGAAAAAGAAAUGCUACCUUUAUCUCUAUUACGAACGGCUCAAAAUCAUCCUAUGUUAGUUGAGUUAAAAAAUGGAGAAACAUAUAACGGACAUUUAGUUAGUUGUGAUAAUUGGAUGAAUAUUAAUCUCAGAGAAGUCAUAUGCACAUCGAGGGAUGGUGAUAAAUUUUGGAGAAUGCCAGAGUGUUACAUUAGGGGUAGCACUAUAAAAUACUUGCGUAUUCCAGACGAAGUCAUUGAUAUGGUAAAAGAGGAGACCAUGAUAAAGAAUAAACAAUCGAGAGACCAAAAAGGAGGCAGGGGAGGCCAAAACCAAAGGAAUAGGCCUGCUGCUAGAGGUAAUUUUGGAGGAAGGCCUAAUAAACCAGGAGGCCAACAAAAAUUAUUUCAAAAACAAAAACCUAAACAGUAGAAAACCUUAAAUUAGUUUCUUAUUUAUGAUUAUCUCCUACAAUUAAUUAUAUGUAUAUUACAUUAAUAAAUAACACAUCGAUAAUAAUUU